AUGGCAUCUUCUUCUAAACUAGAACAGCUCCGACACUAUCUGUCGAGCCUGGACCCGAAGAACUUAUUAGAAGGAGUUUCAUUCCACUAUGACACAGCCAACGAACUCGGCUUCAAACCUGGCGACCCAUUUGACUUCUUCGUCGCCACUCCAUUUGGCAAGUGGUCUGAUACAUCACCUCCAAUUCCCAACGUCGUUGCCGCUGCUGUGUCCGAGGCUUUGGUGAAUGGCAUGGCCUCAAAGAACAUAUCGAUCGGUCAAAAUGGAUCCAAGUACAUGUUCAUCGACUUACUCACCCUCGCACCAUUCAACUCCACUUUCUUCACCAAGGGCAUCAGUCCAACUCUGAACAAGCUCGUCAAUGGUCUUCCAAGUGAUUUCACGCCAGUUAUCCGUCUACUAUGCGGCGACAACGGCAUCACCGCAGCUCAGUUCAAGGACGCUAGUAACGGAUCCGGGUGGAACGACUACAAGCAGAUUUUCUGGUCUAACAAUCAGCCAUCCAUCACGCACCCCAAGGCAGAGCUUUACAUUGGCUUCUACAACCCCGACUUCAAGUUUCAGCCCGGAGGUAGUGAGGCGUGGGUGAAGAAGCUUCAAGCCGAGCUCAAGAACUACUUGAACAACUCAGCUUUGUCCGGCCAUCCCUGGGUAAUCGAUCUGGCCACCAUUCUCGUCAGCGAUGGCCUCUUACCUCUCGCCAAAGUCGCCGAGAGUAAAGGGCUUCCAGCUCUCAGCUGGAACCACGCAAAGGUCACGGCGGUCAAUGGUACCACGAUGACUACGGGAGGUGCGAACCUGUGGGACAGCUAUGGCGAUACCCAGGUUGGAACCUUCGACUCUAUGGUCAAGAUCAGAGGCGAUGCAGCUAUUGAAGCCCACAAAUAUGCUGAUGCUUUCUACCUCAACGAUAUUCCUUCCGACGACAAUGCUUCAUUCCGACAUUCCAUCAAGCUCUCAGGGCCGACCCCAACAGGGGCAGACAGCUUUCAGACAGACACAGUUCCACUUUUUAGUGACACCAAGCAGUCUGUGAAGAACUCUGGGUCGCAAGCAGUUUUGACAACCAGUAACGUGGGCGAUCGUCUUCCCGGAUCUGGUAAACACCGGUACCCUAUCCUGGUCUUGAAUGUCGUGAAAGACAUUUUGAUGCAAUUGGUGUACAUGCAGACCACGAAAGGCAUCAACCCCUCGAGUGGCGCAACCCCUGACUUGAAGGUCAUGAACACCGUCAUCGAUGUGCUGAGCGAUCAAUCCAUCCUCCCCGCCAUGCAGCGGUUUGGCCUCAGCCCCGCCGUAUGGGCAAGCAAAGCCGCGCGAUUCCACGCUAUCGAGAAUGCGACGAGCAACAUUACACUCGCUCAGGAGAUCUUUGUAGAACCAUUCUUGCGAGGCAAUCCAGGCGCCAAUGCCAUCAAGGGGUGGCUCAACACCAAACUUGGUCUCGACUGGGAUGAGUACGUGGUCCCGUACGACGUUAUGCAGGCCAUGUGCAAGGGUCUGCUUAAUAUUGUCAAGACUCAUCCUCAGGAUAAGAGCUUCGGGAUGUACAUCUUGCUCACCACGAAAGAUGCCGGAGGAGGCUAUGGAGAUCCGUACUCGUGGGAAACCUUCCGGGAAAUCCUGACUGGCCUUCUCGGCGCACAAGAACUGCCGUCAGGUACCACUGCUGCGGAGAUUAUCCAAGACCGGCUCCAUUGCAAGAGAAUAAUGCAGAACGAUAAUCGGUAUGGCCAACACAAGUAUAAUGAGCAGCAUGGUGUCUGGAUUGACGAUACGAAGAACAUUGAGGCAUGGUACAGCCAGUACUUUGAUACUGCAUGGGAAAAGGGAGCCGACAUUAAACUAUCAACUAUCAUCGUAGCCGUCGUCGGCUUCGCUGCCACCAGCGUCAACGCCCAAUGGUACCCAGCCCGCAACUGGACAAACUGCAUCGCCGCCACCGGCGGAAACGGCACCAAAGGCAUCAGAGAAGCCCACGCCUUCUUCAACGAGGCCUGGGGCCGACCACGCCUCCGUAUUCAGCAACAGUCGUCCUAUGCCGUCAUCUGCUACGGCCUCAUUUUCGGCAUCGUCAAUGACGACAAGAUGGGCUGGUUCGAGGCGGCCAACGAUCGCGACAUAGUAGCUCUCGAAGACCCUGGUACGGCGAGUGAGUGCAAGUGGUACCCGAGGGCGCACGAAUUCACGCGUUAUUACUUCUUUGGGAGGGAGAGGGAGUGGAUUAUGGAUAAUCGAGCCUACAUUCGUCGAUGCAACGAGGUUGAAAGGCCUAUGGAGGGUACUUAA